AGACACGCAGAAAAGCUAGCCAAAACCAUCGACCAGACUCCAGGUAUACAAAUCUUCCUCCAGCCUAUCGCACCUCCCGCUGCCCUAGGCCUAGCGGGCUUCGCGGGCUCGACCUGGAUAACAAGCUCAUAUAUUGCCAACUGGUGGGGAAAUCCCGAAUCACCGACCAUCUUCUUCCCUUUUGUCGGUAUCUUUGGUGGACUCGCUCAAUUCAUCGCGGGUCUCUAUGGCUUCUCAGCAAGAGACACGCUCGCAGCCGGCGCUCUUCCUCCGCACUCCGUGCACACCCACUUCCCAGAACUAGCUUCCUGGUUCGUAAUCCUCUGCAUCUUCAGUUGGUCCGGCGCCAUCGCCGCCACGGCGCGUGACAUCGUGCUCUCAACUUGCCUCUUUUCCCUCGCCAUCGGCUCAACCAUCGCCUGCUGCCUCUUCGCGUACAACGGUGGCACUGGCUCUGCUUCC